AUGAAGCUCCUCGUCGCAACAUCACUUUUUAUCGCUUCAUUUCCAGGAAGUGUGGCCUUUACGGCACGUACCAGCAAGAUCCGGCAGAACGCAUCACCAAAAGUGGUUGCAUCCCCAGACACCGAGGCCAAGGACUCGUCCUCGAAACCAAUCUACGACCCUCUUGGUCUCUAUCCAGAGACUUCCGAGGAGAAGCAGCAAGGACGAAUUCAUCCUUUGGAACCUAAACUGGAUGGAAGAAAGUCAGUGACAGACCCCAUGGGGCUCUACCCCAAGGACAGUCCCGAAUUCUUUCAAGGUUGGUUGGAAGAACGUACGGCCAGCAUGGCCGAGCGAACCAUCUACGACCCCAUGGGUCUCUAUCCUGCGACUUCGGAAGAACGUCAGCAGGGACUGAUCCAGCGAAUGGAACCCCCUGAAGAGAUCAUUAAGACAGUUCAAGAUCCGAUGGGCUUGUAUCCCAGCGACUCUAAGGACUUCAUGGAAUCUGUGGAGCUCGAGAAGGAGAGUCUCGUGGUUCAGAACCGCGAGCUCUAUGAUCCCCUUGGCUUGUACCCUGAAAGUUCAACCGAGUACCAAGAAGGAAAGAUCAAGACGUUAGAGUCAGCUGGUCAGGUGAACAAGCCGGUUGUAGAUCCACUGAACUUGUAUGCAUCUCAAGCUCCAGAACAAGUUGACCGCGACGUGGUCAUGUCGGAAGCGUUGCCCUUUCUGGAGAAGCCAUCCCUGUUGAAUGGCGAGCUCGUUGGUGAUGCCGGUUUUGAUCCAUUGGGCUUUGCCAAAUCCAAAGAAGGUCUGCUUUCUCUUCGAAAAGCCGAGUUGAAACAUGCCCGUAUUGCAAUGUUGGCCGCUGCCGGAUGGCCGUUGUUGGAGUUGCUGGACAAGAAGCUGGCGGCUCUACUACACCUGAAACCACUCUUGCUGGAGGGCGACCGCGUUCCAUCGUUGCUGAACGGUGGUUUGCAGCAUGUGAAUCCCUUCUACUGGUUGGCUGUGUUGGGACUUGCGGGCUUUGCGGAGGCUCUGGACUUGAUGAAGCAGGGUGAGAAUGUAACCAACGGCAUCUUUGAUCCAUUGCGACUUUAUCCCAAGGAUGCGGAAGAGCAGGAACGAAUGCAACUAUCCGAGCUCAAGAACGGACGACUGGCCAUGGUGGCUAUCACUUUGUUUGCAAUCAUGGAGGCUGUGACGAGCCAGGGAGUGGUCAAUCUUGCGCCCUUCUUGUUUCACCCCCCUUUCUAA